AUGACAUUGACUGGUCCGAUCGAUCUGAUCGAUCUCCCCGACUGUUCCGAUGUGUGCCGUGAUGGACCGCUGUCGGCACUGAUCUUCGACAUGGAGCAUGCUGGAUCAGCCCGAGGUUUUGCCACCGGCGACGCCGUCACUGCUUCUGAAAGUUCACGUGCGGUCCUCCACAAAUUCGUAGCUCAAAGCCAUAUUUCGCAUCUUAUAGCUCGAAAAAUAAUCACAAUCCUAGAUUUUAGUACAAAUUUCGUUCCAAAUUAG